AUGAAACAAAGAAAUAAUUCAAGGUGUAAGAUUAAUGAUGGAGAUGAUGAUAGUAGUAGUGAGGAGGUCUCUAUAACAAACAAUAAUAAUGUAAAUCAUGUGACUAAAAGAAGAAAGAAUGGUGAUGCUCAUAAUAAUGGAACCACUAAAGAUACAACAACAAAGGAAACAUCAUACCAGUUUAAUAAUAAUAACAAAAGAGUAAUUAACAAUGAGGAAGAUGAUCAAGACGAUGAAAUUGAAGAAGAAGAUGAUAAUGAUGAAAGAGUAGUAUACAAAGAGAAAGAAUUAAAAAUUAAACUUAAAAAGGAUUUAUUAUUGAUUUGUAAAAGAUAA